AUGACAUUAUGCUUAACACGACAAAGAAUUGGUCUAUUGUCUAGAAUCUACCCAACAAAUUCAUGCUCACUACGGCACAAUUCCACCUUAUUUCGACGAAGUUUAGAUAGAGUGCCAACCAAAUUAUACAACAAGAUUACAGAACAAGGUCAAAGUGAAUUAAGAUUACAGCCUAAGAUUCAAUAUUUACCGCUAUUUGCGAAAUCCUUGCAAAGUUUUGGUAAAAAUGUGAAGAUACAGACAAAAUAUUCACUUCGAUUUUCACAAGAAAAAUUAAAGGGAGCAUUAGAACCAAUUGUAUUUCACAUUGUUUGCGUAAUUGAAAGCUCAAAUCAAAGGAAGUCGUUGUCAUCAUAUCAUCGGGAAUUUUUCAAUCAUUUAUUGAGCAAAAUUGAGGAGCCAAAACAAGCUAAUUGCAACGAGCUAGCCACAAGAUUUAAAGUUAAAGUCAACAAAGACUUGGAGUUAGGAGUUCAGUGUUUUCAAUCAAUUUCGGGCUUGUUGAAAAAACCUCACACAAUUAAAGAUUUGGGUGAUUGGAUAGAAUCAAUUAUGUCCUCUUCAAUUUCUAAAAGUACACCACUUCUUUCGAAGACAACACCAGCAUUUGUACUAUUGGAUGUCGUUUCAAGGAACUCUCCCUUCAAAGAGCAAUAUAAGACUCAAUUUGAACUAUGGACUCAUAAUUUGAGAAUUUUGCUAAGAGACCGACAAAUAGAUGAUUACAUAGUCAAGUCAGUUUUUGAGAAUUUAAUAUAUUUCGCUAUAAUGUACGAACCAAGUGAUUUAAAACAAUUGAUCAAAUUAACAUUAGAUACAAAAAGUGGUGGGUCGAAAUCAGAAUCAAAGUUUUUAUCCGAUUUAAUAUGGAAAUUAGCGUAUUUUGCGUCAAGGCACCAAAAGAUUGAUUAUAUGGAGAUAGCUAACGCUCAAGAAGUCUUAGUUGGGCGUAUAAAGCUGUCACAUUUUCAAUUAACUUUGAAUGGGUAUUUAGGAAUUGCAUUGGUAAUGUCCGAGUUGUCUCCAGCAAAAGCAUUGAAGUUAUUAGAAGUUGCUGAAAGAAAAUUUUUAAGUAAUACAAAUUCCAAUAAGGAUUUAGUAAACUACAAUAUGACAAAAAUUUGGUUAGCUAAAGAUCCCGAAGAAGCUACUAACAAUUUCAAAUUUGCAAUCGAUGAAUUCAUUACAUCUUCAAAAUUGUGGUCGAUUUUUAUUAAGAAAUUAAAAAAGUGUAAUAUUUUGACUGAAUCAAGAGCUAUGUUACUUUUCAAAAAAUUGAUAGAUUCCAAAGUUAAAGUAACAAGCGAAUUGAUAUCGGAGAUAUUGUAUCCAAUCAAGGAUUAUUACCAUAUGGAAGAAAUCUAUCAUUUGACAAAGAAUGAACUCAAUAAUGAAUGUGGUAAAAUAUUUCUUCCUAAAUACAUUGAGUUACUUCAAAAAUUCAGAAAUGACAAAUCACUUCCUCAAACUAUAUUUCCAUGGGAUGAACCUUUACAAGUAGCCGCCAAUGGUAAAUUCAAGGGAUUUAGUUCAGUGCAAGAGUAUUUGGAUGAGCUUUACCACAAAAAUUCAAAUAAGUCAAUACAAUUCAUAGCAUCAUAUAUGAAAAGUAUAAAUAAUCCAAGAGAAGUUUUUGAGUUUUAUGAAAAAGAAAUCAUAGACAAAAACCAUUCACCAAAUGCACUUUGUCUUGGAACUUUAAUAAAAUCGGCAAAAAAAUUAAAUAAAUUUGAUCAAUACACACAAUUUGCAAUAGAUGAAUUUAUAAAAAAUGUUAAAAAAGAUAAUUAUUCAACCGGAAUUACACCAGAUAAUUUACUUUGGUUUAAUUAUAUCUCACUAUUGGCAAAAUUUAAUAAUAUUUCCGAAUUAUCAAAAAUUUUAAAAUGGUGGUUAGAUAUAAAUUUUCAACCUAAAAAAAUUACAUUAAUGCAAUUGCUUUAUGUUUUGCCACAAGACUUUUCUUAUAGACAUAUAAAACAUCAUGAAAUUGCAAAUCUGCGAAAUGAUUGGGAUUGGCCAACUGUUGAAGAAUAUAAUAAUUUUAAAGAACUGAAAUCUCAUCUGUAA